AUUUGUUUAUUUGACGUGAAAACGAGUUGGCCUAUUCUCCAUAGAUCGAUCGCAAUCUCUGUGUACAUGAAAAUUGAUGUGUUUGUAGUAGGUAUACAUAGGUCAAAACGGCAGCUGGUCCUAAGGCGUUCAGUAAAUGACACCGGAUUUGCUGCUCGCUUACUUUUCACUCUCUCUCUCUCGAUUACCUGCGGCUCUAAUGCUUAUAUCCAUACAGGUAUAUGCUACAGGUUGAGACUUAUCUACCAGAUACAUAAUUAUCUUACCUAACGCUUAGCGGAUGAUUCUUGUUGCAUCAGGAAGCAAACUCAACCAGUCUGGACAACUGUAAUGUUGCACCUGUAAUUGUACACCUGUGACAUCACACCUGUAUUUACAGGUAGAUGUGAUAUAGGUGUGGACCCGUACAUGUGGACGUCAUUAUGGACAUUGUAUUUAAGUAACACAGAUAUAUACCAGAAACAGGUUCUAUUCUAACAUUAAUUCAGUCUGUGAGUCUCUGUAUAAAUUACGUGUCGGCUAGGUUUAACUUGCUGGUAUGUUCGUCCUUUAAGUCUGGACCUGUAUGCAGGUCGUGACCAUAAACAUUUUGUGAACAAGGAUGUUGAAUAGUAAUUUUCUAUCGCAUACCACUGUUUUGCUGAAAGCAAGUUUAGGAUUUUUACCAGCGGUUACACCAAGAGCAGAUCAUUGAUGCUGAUAGCCGGGGAAGUGAAUUGUUGAUUCUUGGAUGUGAAAAUCACCGACAGUGACACUUUGGGAUUUAUUCAACUACUAUGGCAUUUACCCCGACUACUUACACAAACAAUACAACCAUGGUUCCUGCCGUCAACUCAUCCACGCCUCUCAGUCCAGGACAGAUGGAGGUGAUUCUCCGGAAAUUGAACGACGAGAAGGCUAUACAAUAUUUACCGGUGAUCAUAUACAUGAUGUUGCUACUUCUAGUUGGGUCUAUCGGAAACAUCGUCGUGUUUUUCGUCUACUGGCACAAAAAGACAAAAACGUCUUCACAUUAUUUCAUUCUUAACCUCGCUAUCCUUGACCUUUUGACUUGUUUAGUUGGCAUGCCAACAGAAGUUGCCGAUCUCAGAUACCCGUAUAUGUUCUACGCCCCAGCGGCGUGUAAACUUUUACGCUUCAGUGAAUCGGUGUCGACAAUCGGGUCGUCCAUCACCCUCAUAGCCGUGGCGUUCGACAGAUACUACAGAAUAUGCAGGCUAGGGAAGCAGAUCUCUGUAAAAACAGCUAAAGUCAUCUGUGUUAUAGCUAUAAUAAUAGGAGUGGCGACAUCCUGGCCCGCCUGUAUCAUUUUCGGCGAGAAGACGGUUGACGUCGGCAUUGAGGGUAUCGUCGGAGUGGAUUGUUCUACUGACGACUCGAUGCGUCACACUUUGUAUCCAACGCUUUACUACGGGGUUCUCUUCCUUCUCUUUAUAGGAUGUGUCAUUUUCUUCACCGUCAUAUAUUCUAAAAUAGGCGCUGUUAUAUGGACGAGGAAGAAAAUCAAAAUUGGCGAAAAGGCGCCGGAAAUUCCUCAAAACAAAGACCGGACAUUUAAUGACAGCACGGCAUCAGAUCGUGUGUCAUCGGACCCCAUCAGCACAGAAAUGUCGUCAGACCAGGAGGCCAACUGGGACGACACGCGCAGGAAUUCUACGGCGUCACGGAACGUGUUCAAAAAACGCGGACAAAAACACCAGAUCCGCGUAACGAGAACCACCGUCGUUCUUUUCGCCGUCACAGUUGCUUACGUCAUCAGCUUCCUUCCAUUCCUAAUCUUCAUGGUCGUCAGAAGUAUAAAGAAGGACUUUGAGGCUGGUCUAGAUCCAGCCGGCGAGGUGGCGUAUAAGUUCGGUUCCAAGUCGUAUUUCAUCAAUAAUGCCAUAAACCCAGUCAUCUACAGCUUUCUCAAUGUAAACUUCCGAAAGGACACGAAGGCACUCUUUAAAAGGUGUCUCGCGUGUUGUUGUUGUCGUAACAGAGACGUGUGAAAAAUAUUUUCUUAUUUAUUAAUUUAAAUCCAUUAUCUUACAAUUGUCUGACGGUUGACUCAAACUCCGUAUAUGCAGACGAAUGUGUUCGAAUCCUGGAUUCUAUAGAAUUUCAACGACGACAGUGGGGCACGUUUUUAAAUGUCCUCUCUUUGACAUCUUUCACUGAAAGAGGCUGUUUGGUGCUUAAACCUGGUGCUGGUACAUCACGUGGUAGAGACACCAAUACGCAUGUGCAUUCGCAUUCACAUUCAGUUAAUUGAGUAAAAAGUGCUGGACGCUUGUACUCGAUUAAAUAUUAAUACUGUCAUCGAUCAUUUUAUUAUCAUUGUCAUCACCAUUAGGCUAUCAUCGUCGUCAUCGCACAUAAUGUCGUUGUCAUUUACAUCACCAUAGUCAUUGUUAGUAUUACUCAUAGUUACCAUUGUCAUUAUUCAUCCUAUUUUUAAGAAAUGACGCGGUUUUCUACCAAUCCUGAAUUGUAAAAAAUGAACUGAGUUUUUCUCGUUAGUACAACGCUGAUACACGCCUUCCCUGUGUGGACCUGUGAUUCUGUGUCACUAUAACAGAUGACGUGUUUGGUGCUGGGUGUAUAUCAGAAGUCCUACUGUACAAACAAUGAUAGUCGGCCGGUAUAUAGCCAAUGUUUUUAACAUGUCUAGACAAUUUCCUGCGAGAUAUUCUGGACAAUUAUAAGCUUAUAUUGGCAGUAUUAUUGAUUUUCGCAAUAGUUGUUAGUGAUCUAUUCGUAUUUCGAGAAAUAGCAUGCAAAACGAAAUCCAAGUGAUUUUAAAUUAUUUUAAAGACAUGUUACCGUCAAUAUAUCAAUGUAAGAGAAUUACUGUUUUGUAAAAGAACUAUCAUUUUCGAGACGUGAUAUUUCCGAAAUACUUGAGAAUUCGUCACAUGAUCUAAGCUGAAUGUAGGCAUAUGUUAAGAGUUUACAGGGACCAGUGUUUUCUUGAUUUUACUUCGAUAAUAUUUUGGAACGAUUGUUGUAUUUUUGUACUGUCUGGUUUUUUUAAAAGAAUUUUCCCAUUCAGUGGACUAAUUUGUUACUAUUUGUCGUAAUUUGCUAAAUAGAAUCUAUCACGUUAUGAUCGUUAUCUGUACCCUACGUAGUUUUAUAUAUUUAUGUAUUAAUGUAUUUCGUCAGCAAGUGUUUUUUCUAUAGAUAUAAGGAAUGCAAUGUGUCCCGUUGAUAUUGACGUACCCUUUCCUGGCUGGGUUGCUUGCUGACGCUCUUUCACGUUGACAAAACUAUUGCGUAUGUUAUCGAGCUCCAACCUUGAUGCUUUUCAUUUGUAACAAGGUAUCCCUUGGAAAACGACUUCAUCAAGUAGAGAGAGGAAUAGUCAAUGGUUGUUAUUGUACCCGACACACGAGAAUUUAAUAUUCAUCGUAAAAUACUCCCUGUCCUGACAUUUAGGACAAAACAUUGAUGUCCCAGUAGUUAUACAUAUUUAUAAGACAAAAUGCCAGUUACAUGUAACAAAUGGUUCAUAGGAUAAUGUACUGAAAAAAACAGUGAGUAACUCAGCCAUUCGGGUUCGAAUACAUUUUUCAACUAGAAGGAUUAUUGUCCUUUGCUACCUUUUGUUUCUUCUUCUUACAUGUUUCAUUAAAAUAAUUCCUA